GUAUAUUUAUAAAACACUUUUUAUAUUAUUAAGUAUAUAAUGAAAUUAUAUAGUGGAGAUUUUAUUUUGCAUAACAUAAUUAUUUAUACUUAGAUAUAAAAACAAAUAUUAAAAUAAUUAAAAUAAAAAUGGUGAAUAUUAAAAAUGACUCAUGCGUAUAACAAUUAGUUUAAAAUUUCUCAUAUUAUUCAUAUUAUUUGAAAAUGUAAUUUUACAACAAAUUAAUAAAACAAAAAAAUAUUUUGAUGAAAUUGAUAAUGUGGCAACAUCAACACAAUCAACAUUCACCAACAAUGCCAAUAACAAUUAUGAUGACGAUACCCUUAACACAAAACCACUACCUUCAAAAUAUAAUAAAACAAAUAUAAAAUUAAUAAAACAUAAUAAUUCGGAGGCUGUUAAUUUUAAUACUAAUAGUAAAAAUAAUAAUUUGAACGAAAUAAAUUUAAUAAAUAAUAAUAAUUUUAGUACGAAAAAUAAUUUAACUUAUUCUGAGCUACCUAAACCAUUAAAUUUUAAUUCUAAAUAUAAUAACAACAAUAAUAAUAAUAAUAAAAAGAAAAAUGAUGAUGACUAUUAUGAUGAUGAUAAUGACGAUGAUAAUAAUGGUGAUGAUGAUGAUUAUGACGAUAACAAAUAUAAUAAAAAUAAAAAAUCAGUUGACAAUCAAGAAAGUAAAAACUUAGAUAAUCUGCCAAAUGAAGAUAUUUUUUCAUUUCGACAUUUCACUUCAUUCUGGAGUUCAAAUAAAAAAACAAAAACAUCAAAAAGACCAACACUAUUAAAUGUUGCUUUACAAAAUGCUGCACGUAAAGGUCUAGAAGCAAUGACAAUUCUUUAUGAACAAACUGAACCGGAAAUAUUAAAAAGAAAACAAAUUUUAAAUGAAAAUCAUCCAGCAGCAAAAUUAGCUAAAUUUAAUGGACCACAUGAUGAUAAUGUUUGGCCAAUUGAAAGAGCUGCAUACGCUACAUUGGAGGCAACAAAAACAUUUCAAAAAAGUUAUAAGCGAACAACAACAGAAUUAGGACGUCAAGCAACAUCAACGAAAUUUUCAUUUCGUCGUACUGCAUUAGAAGGUUUAUGUCCACCACGUGAAUUACCAAUAUGUUUACCAGCAGCAAAACGUUAUAGAACGCAUGAUGGUACAUGCAAUAAUUUUAAACAUCCUAGAUGGGGUUCAGCACAAAUGCCAUUCAAUCGUUUCUUACCACCAGAAUAUGGUGAUGGUAUUGAUGCUGUAAGAGCUUCAGUUGAAGGUGGUGCUUUAUCAUCAGCUAGAUUUGUUAGUUUAUUAGUACAUGGAGCUAGAGAAGGUAAUGCACCUGUAACAUUAAUUUUAGCACAAUGGGGACAAUUAAUUGAUCAUGAUUUAACAUCAACAGCACAACCCAGGUCAAUAAAUGGUUCAAUUCCACGUUGUUGUGGACCAAACGAUUUUCAUCCAUCAUGUUUUCCAAUUAAAGUACCGCUUGACGAUCCAUGGUUAGCACCUUUAAAAGUUCGUUGUUUAGAAUUUUUACGAUCGGCGCCAGCUCAACGACGUGAUUGUUUGAUGUCAUGGAGAGAACAAACAAAUCAAGUUACAUCAUUUUUGGAUGCAUCACCCAUUUACUCGAGCAAUGCUCGAAAUUCUGAUAGUGCACGUGUAUUUCGAAAUGGUUUAUUACAAUUUGGCCGAGGGGGUAAUCCAAUCGAUGAUAAUUGUAAUAAAGGUGGUUUUUCACCGAAUUGUAUAAAAUCAGGUGAUCCACGUAGCAAUGAGCAACCAGGAUUAUUAGCUUUACAUCACGUUUGGGUUGGUGAACAUAAUCGUAUUGCAAACGACUUAAGUUUAAUUAAUCUUCACUGGAGUGACGAAAAAGUGUACCAAGAGACAAGGCGUAUAAUAGGAGCUUUAUUUCAACAUAUAACAUAUCGUGAAUUUUUACCUCUUAUAUUAGGACGUGAAGUUUGUCGUCUUUUUGAUUUAGAUUUAUUAAAUUCUGGUUAUUAUACUGGCUAUGAUCCUCAUAUUAAUCCGUCAAUAGCUAAUUCAUUUUCUGCUGCUGCAUUCCGUUUUGGGCAUUCAUUAAUACCUAACUCAUAUAUAAGGUGUGAUCAAGGACAUAAUUUAAUUCAAAACAAUGUUAGUCUUCAUGAUGAAUUUGCUCAUGGUGAUAUGGGAACCCGUGGUUCGUUACAUCGAUUAAUUAGGGGAAUGGUGAAUCAACGAGCUUUACAACGAGAUGAAUUUAUAACACCAGAACUAACGAAUCAUCUUUUUCAAACAGGAAAUUUUCCAUUUGGACUUGACUUAGCUGCUAUUAAUAUUCAACGUGGACGUGAUCAUGGCAUUCCACCUUAUACAACAUGGAGAGAACCGUGUGGUUUAACACCAAUAACUGAUUGGGAAGAUUUAAAUCAAGUUGUAGGACCAGAAUCAGUUAGACGUAUGCGACAUGCCUAUAUUUCAGUUCACGACAUAGAUCUUUUCGUGGGUGGUAUAGCUGAAAGAGCUGUAAUUGGGGGUCUUGUUGGUCCAACAUUUGCAUGCAUAAUAGCACAACAAUUUAGUAAUUUAAGACGAGGUGAUCGUUUUUGGUAUGAAAACGGAGGUUUUGAAAAUUCGUUUACACCAGCACAAUUACAAUCAAUUCGUCGAGUAACUCUUGCACAAAUUUUAUGCCGAGCAACUGGAGGAGGAACAUAUCAACCACAUAUUUUUAUACCUCAUGAAGCGGAUAACAAUCAAAGAUUACCAUGUGGAAUUCCACCCUUACUACCAAUUGAUUUACGACCAUGGAAAGAGCUUGAUCCUUUCAAAAACACUGGUACUGACAUACCAUUUACUUUUACGCACGGAACGACUGACUUACCUAUUUCGAUACCACAUAACAAAGAAACUAACAUCAAGGACGUAUUAACUUUAACCGACGACACACUUCCUUCAGUGCAAACUUUAUCAACGAAAGAACGAAACGAAAAGGACCCGAAAACAACUAACGUACUAUUGAACCGAAUCGAUUUCGUACCGAACGGUUCUACUGGUUUUCGAAAACCCCCACCAGAAGAGCUUCUACAAAGUCAAAUUAAUGAUAAACUCGACUUCACAAACAAUAUUACAACGACAAAACGUACUCCCUUAAUAAACGUACAAAUAAUUGACCACAAACUUGAUACAAAGAAGAAAAAAUCUACUACAACUGCAACAACAAUUUCGUCCAUAAAACAUAUAACUACAAAACGUAAAGCUUUUAUUAACAAUGUACCAAUCGAAAUAGGACGUACAGCAAAUGCUGGACUGAAAUCAAAAAAACGUGUACAAGAAGACUCUAAACAUAACGACACUGUCAAAGACAAAACAAGUAUGGCAAAAACAGGAAAAACUAUGAAUGACGAAAUAAAUGUGAACGAAAAAACAAAAACUACAACAGUAUUACUAAAGAAUAAAACAGACGAAAAGAAACAAAACAGUAAAUUAGAACAAACCAAAGAUAAUCAUAAAAACUUAGACCAACUGGACCGGGUUGAUAAAAAAGAAAAUGACAUGCUAACUUUUGAAGACAAUAAGGAAAUGAUGGAAACGGACGAAAGCAAUAACAGAGCCUCUUUUGUUAACGAUUACAAAACAAAACAAAUACUUUGCAGAACUUUAAAAAUAAACUCAACCAAAAAUACUAAGCCGAUGAAUACAAAUUGCGUUUAUGAAAAAUCAAAUGAUCAGAACAUGACAACCAAACAAGAAACUGACCAAUUAAACUUUAACUUGGACCCUACAAUCAACGAACCAAUUAAACAAGCUGACUUAAGAACUAUACACUUAAAUAAUAAUGGAAACAAAAAUUUUGUUCGUAAACAAAACAUUAACAUUAUAACAGCUACUGAUGGACCAAACCAAGAAUAUGAAAUUGAAAUCAAUAUUCGAAAAACUAACAAACACCAAAAUUCUUUAUUUAAUAAUGUACAAGGCAAUCGAAAAACCACUACAAUUCAAACAGAAAAUAAUUUUGACGGUUUACAUAUUCAACAACAUAUCCAAAAUGAUAGCCCAUUCAGUUAUAAACCACCUGGACAAAUAGUGCCAAUAUCGCAAUAUAAUAAUAUUCAUACCAAUAUUCCUUCUAUUCAAACAACUAAACCACCAAAAAUUUACUAUGUUCCCGACGAAGACGAUCCUUUCAAUCGACCAGAAAAUACAACUCCAAGACCGGGAUUUUUCGAUAAUCUUCUUCCAUCAAUUACAGGCACUUUCAACGGAUUUUUUAACAGUAUACAAAAUUUUAAUUCCAAUUCUGUUACAAAUACCGAAAAAAAUGAAAUUAUUGUGACUCCACCAAACAGACGAGUAGAUAUGACUCCAUCUACUACAACUGGAACGUUAAUUAGUGGUUUAGUUCAUAAUAAUAUAAAUCAAGACGGAACAGUAUUUUUUCAACCCGUACUUCCAAAUAAUGGACAAUUUGAUUCAAAUACAAAUAAAAGACCAACCUAUACAAAUUUUAAUGUACAAAAUUAUAAUCCUGUUUUGCAACCUAAUAGACCUAUAGAAAUUAGCAAUAACGAAUGGAAUAAUUACAUUAAUUCUCCUCUAAUACAAAGUACUACGCCAUUCAGCCAAACAAAUUCUUACCCACCAACAAUAAAAAUACCAUACAACGAUAGACCAUCAAAUUACAGACCAUUACUUUAUACAAAUAAACCACAUUUACAAAUUUAUAUUCAAAAUUUGAACGAACGUCAACCGUACUAUAGAAAUCAUUAUACUGAUUCAAAAAUUGAACAUAAAAAUACUGACAUAAAAUUAGAUCCAACUAAGAAAUCUAUAUUUGAGCUUAAAUCGUCUAAUAUAGAAACGACUACAUUUUCGAAGGAAGAAAUUAUUUUAGAAAAACCAAAUACUAAUUUUCAAAUGACAACAUUAGACAAUGACGAUACUGAUUUAAAGAAAAAAGACAAAGAAGACAAUGAAUAUUACGACAAUGAGGAUGAUGAUAUUUCGACGGAACGGAAAAUUAAUAAACAAUUUGACGAAGAUGGAUAUUUAAGACCCGAACAUACAUAUUUAAAUUUAGCAACAGAACAAAAUACUUUUAAAAAUGAAACUUUAACAAAAUCGACAUUAAAUGAUAAUUUUGUAAUGCCAGUACUACUAACAAAGACUUACGAAUUAAAAACUUCAACAGAGCAAAGUAAAAGACCCUUACUAAUCGACACAAUACCAAGAUCUCCGUUAACUGACAUUAAAGCUGAGACAGAAAAGACAUUAAUUGAACGAUAUCAAAAUGGCUUGAUCGAACCAAAAUCUAAAAUUUCAAGUUCUACUAAUUUUUUAUUUAAUGGUAAAAAUACAACUGAAAACCCACCGUUACCAGUAUUACCGGAAUUAAGAGCGAAUGAACAAUCAGCAAAUGAAUUUCCAAAACCCAUUAACACAAGCAUAUGGCAAAAACAUUUUACUUUACAAAUUUUUUAACAAAAAAAUAUUUUAAAUUUUACAUUUUACAUUCACGCAUAGUGCAUAUAUAAAUAUAAAAAAUAUGUACAUACAUAAGAACAUGUA